UCGUCCAAAGGUUGCCAGAUGAACUUGCUCUACAAGACGGAUAACAAUGCCUUCCUCUCUCCCAGCUGCAAGUCGCUUAUUGUAUUUUUUAUUAAGUUGUUUUAUUUUCCUGAACGUAUGCUUUCCUAUUUUGGGGCAGUCUGCUGCGGAGAAGAAACUUAAACUUGUGAUUGCGGUGUUCCGACACGGUGAUAGAAGUCCAGUUAAAACGUAUCCUAAUGACGAGUAUAAGGAAGAUUCUUGGCCUGAUGGGUUCGGACAACUUACGCAGCUAGGAAUGGAGCAGCAUUUUGAACUGGGACAAUACCUGAGAAAGAGAUAUGCUGGGUUUCUAAACGAAACCUACAACAGACAUGAGGUUUUUGUGAGAAGCACAGAUAUGGACCGUACAUUAAUGAGUGCCCAGGCUAAUCUUGCUGGUUUGUUCCCACCCACUGGCAGGCAAGUCUGGAAUGCUAGUAUAGCCUGGCAACCAAUACCUGUUCAUACAAUUCCUCUGUCACAGGAUAACAUGCUUCUCUUCUCUCUAGACAGCUGCCCCCGAUUUGCCCAACUUGUAAAUGAAACAAGUACAUCGGAAAUUUUUAAUCAACUUACAAAGCCCUAUGUGGAGUUUCUGAACACUUUACAAAACGAGACUGGCUACACAUAUAAAGAAUUAAAUGGACCGAAAGGACCCUAUAAUUGGUGGACGAUCUACGAUGCACUAUUUUGUAAGAAAGUUCACAAUUUCACUUUGCCUAAUUGGGCAACAGAUACUGUACUGGAAAAUCUUCUUCACCUGUCAGAAAUAUCCAUGGCUGCUUGCUUUGGCAUGUACAAACAACAAGAAAAAUCUAAACUGAUGGGAGGUGUCCUUGUGAAAGCCAUUUUAGAAAAUAUUACACAAGCUCUCAUGCCAUCUAGCAAACAAAAGCUGAUAAUGUACUCUGCGCAUGAUACAACUUUAGCUGCUCUGCAAACAGCUCUAAAUGUAACCAAUGGACAGAUGCCCCCAUAUGCCUCUUGUCAUUUGUUUGAGAUUUACCAGGUUGACAUUGAGAGCUAUACUAUUGAGAUGUACUAUAAGAAUGAUUCUUCGGCUGAGCCGUACCCAAUUGCUUUACCAGAAUGUUCCCAGUCUUGUAGUCUGAAGCGUUUUACUGACCUGACAUCCUCAAUCAUUGUGGAAGACUGGAGAAAAGAAUGUGGAUUUAAAGAUGAGAAUGAUAACUCAGGUAAGGUUUCUAGAUUGACAAUUGCUGUGGUUAUCCUGACCAUCACAUUACUUGGUCUUGUGGUCGUGUUUCUUAUCUGUAGGAAACGGUUGAUGAAGGAAUAUUAUGAGUCCGUAUGAGAAAAUCAUUGGAGAAACGCUCAGUUGUAUGCCAUUAAAAAUGAUGUUAUAUUAAAAUGACCGUGCGUAAAAAACAAGAGAACUGGCUACUAAACAUCUGGCACAAAGGCAGAUGAAAAGGAAAUAUCACUGCUGUUAUCUCAUCAAGAGGUCACACAAAUCUGUAACAAGACUUUAUGAAGUGGAAUCAGAGGAUGCGCUUGUAUCUGAGUUUUUGGAUGAUGCUUUAGAGAGCAAAAGUGACCGCUAUGCUUUGCUAAGUGUACAGAUUACAUCAAUCACUUCAUUUCUGGAAUAUAAAGUAGGAAAUACACAAGGGGAAUGAAACAGAUUUGCACUGAUGAGAUUUCUUGCUAAGAAAGUGUUCAAUACAUAUAUAUUACAUAAUAAUAUAAACUUUAUAUAUUUUAGCAAUUUUUACAUUCUUUGUUGAUGGAAUGGCCCUCCUCAUCACAGCUAGCAAUAAAAAUUAUGCAUUUGAUGCAGACAAAAGUCACUUGUUUAUGGCCUUAGCUUUAGUGUUCUCUGCAUGGUGUGCAAGUGUUGGGUGCUGCCAUAAGGAAAUUGCCAUUCUCAACAGAGGCGUAGAACAGCGGACACCUACAUUA